CGGCGAGCCGCGCGCAUGCGUGUAGGGCCGAAGCCCCAGGGGCUGGUCGGGCGGAAACGCGGCGCUCUCUGUCUUCUGGUUUCGAGGCUGGUCCUUACCGUUUCCGCUCCGGCGGAAGUGAGGAGGAGGGUCCUUCGACCCGUGCGGAGCUGGAUGGACCGCGAGACGCUCGCCCUUGCUGACCGCCACUUCCGAGGCCUGGGGGGUGGUGUCCCCGGCGUCGGCCAGGCUCCGGGCCGGGUAGCCUUCGUCUCGGAGCCGGGCGCCUUCUCCUACGCCGACUUUGUGCGGGGCUUCCUCCUGCCCAACCUGCCCUGCGUGUUCUCCAGCGCCUUCACGCAGGGCUGGGGCAGCCGGCGGCGCUGGGUGACGCCCGCGGGGAGGCCCGACUUCGACCACCUGCUACGGACCUACGGAGACGUGGUUGUACCAGUUGCAAACUGUGGGGUCCAAGAAUACAACUCGAACCCCAAAGAGCACAUGCCUCUCAGAGACUACAUCACCUACUGGAAAGAGUACAUCGAGGGGGGCUACUCCUCUCCCAGGGGCUGUCUCUACCUCAAAGACUGGCACCUGUGCAGGGACUUCCCGGUGGAGGACGUUUUCACCCUGCCUGUGUACUUCUCAUCCGACUGGCUGAAUGAGUUCUGGGACGCACUGGAUGUGGAUGACUACCGCUUUGUCUACGCAGGGCCUGCAGGCAGCUGGUCCCCGUUCCAUGCUGACAUCUUCCGCUCCUUCAGCUGGUCUGUCAAUGUCUGUGGGAGGAAGAAGUGGCUCCUCUUCCCCCCAGGGCAGGAAGAGGCCCUGCGGGACCGCCACGGCAACCUGCCCUAUGACGUGACCUCCCCGGCACUCUGCGAUACGCACCUGCACCCGCGGAGCCAGCUUGCGGGCCCACCCUUGGAGAUCACGCAGGAGGCGGGCGAGAUGGUGUUUGUGCCCAGUGGCUGGCACCACCAGGUGCACAACCUGGACGACACCAUCUCCAUCAACCACAACUGGGUCAAUGGCUUCAACCUGGCUAACAUGUGGCGCUUCCUGCAGCAGGAGCUAUGUGCCGUGCAGGAAGAGGUCAGCGAGUGGAGGGACUCCAUGCCCGACUGGCACCACCACUGCCAGGUCAUCAUGAGGUCCUGCUCGGGCAUCAACUUUGAAGAGUUUUACCACUUCCUCAAGGUGAUCGCUGAGAAGAGGCUCCUGGUCCUGAGGGAGGCGGCCGCUGAGGACGGUGCUGGGUUGGGCUUCGAACAGGCAGCCUUUGAUGCUGGGCGCAUCACAGAGGUGCUGGCCUCCUUGAUUGCACACCCCAACUUCCAGAGAGUGGACACCAGCGCGUUCUCACUGCGGCCCAAAGAGCUGCUGCAGCAGCUGAGGGAGGCUGUUGAUGCCGCUGUGGCCCCAUAGCACCUGUCUUGAGGACAGAAGGACGGGUGGAUGAGAGGCAGCCUCCUGCUCCAGGGCCCUUCCAGAAAUAAAGACUGCCCUCCCUGUGACCUGGGGCCCAUCCCUGUCGAGGCUCGUGGCCUGCCUGUCCAUGGCCACUGCCUGGGUGCCUGUUUUCAGGUGAGGCCCAAUGAGGUCAGGGACCCAAGAAGGGAUGUGGCCCUUCUGACCUGCAGCAGGCCUGCUGGGAGCUUGGAGAUGGCGCCAUGACCUGGCUCUUUUGGGGGCCCUGCCUCCUUAGGCCAGGAUGCCUGAGCUGACAGGAGUCUGUGUCUGAUGUGCCUUCUCUGGAGGCUCCUCUCAGCCCGGUCCUCUCGUGUCAGGCCAUUGGGCCACCCCUGGCUCUGCCCUGUGGGCUCAGGAAGAGGUUGGAGCAGCGCUGGGCAAGCUCACCAGGGCCUCCAGGCAGGACUGGGUUGGCCUCCAUCACCUCCAGGUGAUGGGCUGUGGAGCCAGUGGCCAGGGCCUUCCUCUGGGUACCCAGAGGGGAGGGCUGGGCUGGGCUGGCCUCUGCCACCUCCCUGCCUUUGGAGUAGCCUUCGCAGGGCCUGUGGGCACCUGGAGAGGCCACGGGUGUGGGGGUGGAAUCCCAUCUGCUGCUGAAUCCUCAUUUGGGCCUGAGGGGCUGUGCCUGCUGUGCACUCACAGCUGGGUCUUUGCAAGGAUGCUGUUCUCAGGAGUGGUGGGUCUCCGGCCCCUCUUCACACUGGGCAUGAUGGAGGUGUGGGCGGACUUGUCCAGGCCGAUCAAGGCACAGUGGUGAGCAGUGGAGGCCUGUCGUGGGGAAUGGACUCUCGUGGGAUCCUUCUGCAGAGGAUGCCCCAGGCCUGAACUCCCUAGUGGAUCCACAGUUUGUGGAGACUGGCACUCUGCCAGCCCUGUCCUUGACCCAGAGUGCAGCACUUUUUCAGUUGGCCCCUGGUUGGCUGCCCCACCCCAGGAGGGGAGGAGUCAUCUGAAUCCGCAGGGAUGGCGUGUGCCACGGCUGUGUGCAUUGCCUGCCCAUGGCAUCCACUGGGGCUGCUGGCACUUGUAUAGGAUGGAAGCCCCUAAGAAGGGCUGGGGUUUCUGUCUGCUCUGUUCAAUGAAUCAUGUGAAGUGCCUGCAAAAGCAGCUUUACACAGUAGGUGCUUCGUAUGUGUCUGUCCAGUGAAUGAGCUCCAGCCA